AACAUUUUAAAGCGUAACACCUGUUCCGGUGACAGCACUGGAAUGAUAACACCGCCAGUUACGGCCCUAUUCCCAUUCAAGCUUUCUGCAAAAACACCGACAAAAGUGAGGUUUCUUUUAGAUAUUACUGGCUCCUCCUGGAUUAUAAGAAACUUCGGUUUGUGGACAGUUGUAACACAAUUCAAGAAGCAAAGAUACUGCUGGAUUCUCCACAUUUUUGGUAAGUUUCAACCAGCUAAGCUAGCUUACCUAGCCCUCAAGCUAACGUCAAAUUCUGCACAACAUCUGCGCAGUUUGUCAGGAUCUGAGUUCUCUGAAAGUUUAAUAAAUUUGUCAAAUAAUCUGCUGAACUAUGACUCAGUAAUAACACCCUGACUGGUUCAUAGAGACUUCUUGGACGUUAUUAAAAGUGAAUAACGUCAAUUAAGCUGGUGUAUCUGUAGGCUAAUGUUGCACAGCCUCCUUCAUGGCUGGUUGUUGGAGGCUGUUUCUGUCCAAGUUUUCUGACUGUUUUCUUCUCUGCUUUGCUGUUUGUGUUUGACAGGAAAAGGCAGUCAGCCACAGAACUUCGAGGGCUGUGUUUGAGGACUUUUCUUCUUUAUGUGCCACUGGGAGACACAGCAGCAUCAUGGCAGAUGACAAGGACGUGUUGAGAGACGUUUGGUUCGGCCGGAUCCCGACCUGCUUCACCCUGAACCAGGAUGAGGUGACUGAGAGAGAGGCCGAGCCCUACUAUGUAAGUGCAGUGAGGUGACUGGGCUCUACUAAACUCUUAACCCUGAGAAAUCCCAGCUAGGCCUGGCCGAUUGGCAAAAAAAAUGAUCACGAUAUAAUUUGUCGUAUCGUCCGAUCUCGAUUAUUAUCACGAUUUUUUUAAACUGCCAGUUUUAAAGCAUCUGUACUAAAAACUAAAGAAACUAGAGAUUAGUUCAACAUUUUAUUAACAUACAAAGUAAAUAACAAAGGAAAAGCUUGACUCUGAUUGGCUGUUGUGAUGCACAUUUCCUCUAUGUUUGAUCGAGUAAAUAUGCUCAGCUGAUCACCGUGAUCGAACUGAAAUUUAUCACGACCAUAUAAUCGCCCAGUCCUACUCCCAGCUAUAGUUUGCUAUUUUUGGUCCACCUGUAUCAACUCUAUCCUUUCAAUCACAGCAAAUAUAAACACAUCUUUGUUUCAGGACAACCUCAGCUGUUGGUUUAUGGAGCAAAAAUGAUGUAAAAUGAAAUUGACAGUAGAUUCAGAACCAUCAAAGUCAACCAAAAAACAAAAACAGGAAUUGAUACCAACACUACUUUGCUCAUAAAACACAUAAAUCUACAGUGACCAAGUCUUUUCUCACAUGCACAUCAUUCUGUCAAGUCUUGGCUAUCAGGAGAAGAAAUAUUGGGAUUGGAACAAACACACAACAGAAACUAUUGACAUAUUUACACUAAUUCUUCCAGGCGUUUUUUUACUAUUUACAGUUGUUUAUGCCACUCUUUGAAUAGGGAUGGGAAUCGAGAACCGGUUCUUGUUGAGAACCGCUUCCAAAUGGUUCAAUCCAUCGACAUCGUUCACAUUUCAUUUGAAUGAUUCCCUUAAUGAUUCCUUUCUCCCGGGUGCUUUGGAAAAUGGUCUUGUGAGAGGAAGUCUAUGAGGAAAAAACAUGGUGGAUGGAACGAAAAGUAGACAGAAACGAUCUAAAGCGUGGCGUCAUUUUACUAAGACAGACGAGGACAAGUUUUGUAUGGAAGUUUUGAGUUUGUGUAGCGUGGACUAACUGAGUUAGAAGCACGUAAAAAACACUCAACCCGACCCCAAAAACCCUCAAAAUUUUGCGCACGACUCCACCCGGUGUAGCCAUGUCCUCUUUUCGGAGAUCCAGAGUAUGGUCACCCUGAUUUGACUUAAUACCGACCACAGAAAUGUACAAAUAGUUUGUAUAGUUUGUAUAGUUUAGUUGUGUGGUAAUAGUUUGUUCUUUUUCUAUUGCUUUUAUUUAUUCAUUUUUAUUUUCUAUGUAUUGUAAAGCACUUUGGUUCACUGAGAGGGUUGUUGUAAAGAGCUGUAUAAAUAAAGAACAUUUAUAUUUUCAUGUAAUAAACAACAAUGUGUUUCCUCAUGUCUUCCACAGCUGCUGUUACCCAGGGUGAGCUACCUGACUCUGGUGACAGACAAAGUGAAGAAACAUUUCCACAAAGUGAUGAGGGCCGAAGACGUGGAGGAGAUGUGGUUCGAGUACGAAGGAACUCCACUGAAAUGGUGAGUGAUUCCACGCCACACUGUCAGAGUAUCGAUGUGAGCUGGAGGUCCAGAGAGCUUCACCUUUACUCUCUUCAUUUAUAAAGAACUCAGCAGGUUUAAACUACAGGGACAAAGUCGAUUUCCCGGCUGCCUGUCUGCAUUUGUCGGGCUGAUUAUAGGCUGUAGUAACAAGAUUCAGCCACCAGGUGUCAGAGUUACGACAUUGAUCAGAUCCAAAACACUUAAAGACAAUUAUGAACAUCACUUUCUAUUGUGGCAAUCUCAUAAUUCAGAUUUUUUUAUCAGUUUGAAUAUUUAUCUCAUAUUUUGACUUAUUAAUCCCAUGAUUUUAUAACUUAGUAUUUCUAUCUCAUAAUUAAAUCCUGACUUUUCCUCUUAUCUUUUGAUUUAUCUCAUAAUUUUGUCUGUCAGCUGUUAUUUUGAUUUUCUGUCUCGUUGUUCUAACUUUUAUUUUUUAUUUUUUGACUUUGUUGCUCAUAAAGUAGAUUUUUGUCUCAUAGUUUUGACAUUUACACUCAUAAUUUUUACAUUUAUUCUUUCUUUCUUUCUUUCUUUAUUCAUUUCUGGACACAAAAACAAAACCAGAGUAUCCAUUCUUAUAAAUUAAACUUUCUAUCUUACAGGUUAGAGUUUCUUAUGAGUUUGACUUUUUGUCCCAUAAUUGUCUCUUUAUCUCAAAAGUCUGACUUUGUAUCUCAGUACAAUAAGAACAAACAAGGUUUUAGUGUUGAUAGUUGUUUAUUGUUUAUUAUCUGUAAAGCAAAUGUGUGAAAAUGUUAAUUGGUUUUCAGACUCUCUGUUAGACUCUUACCCUCUCUCUUAGAAGGACAAAAAACAAUUAAAAUUAAUGUGUUUAAAAAAUAUGAAAGACUUAAAGUCAGGGUGUAAUAAACUUUAACAACAGUUUUUAAUAAGCUUUUGGGUAAAAAAAAGAAAAAAAGGCGGAUGUCAAGUUUAGUGUGGGUGAGUGACCCUAAAAUACACUCUCUCCAGAUUUUAGGCUGCGAUAAAGACACACAUUGAAAUCCUUGUGUACUGAUUCACUGGAGAUUGGCUCUUCUCUAAACAGAGGAAAUGAUGAACAGAAAUGUUGCAGUGAAAUGUAAACGGUCUCUUUUAGUUCACACACUGUGUCAUGAGAAAAGUGAACCCACCAACAGCAGAAAAAAAGGAUUUUAUUUUCUUAAAAUAAUCCACGUUGUUUCAGUUUAGAGACCAACUGUGAAUAAUAACAGGAGUUAAUCUGCCUGCCAUCAGACUCUGUGUUAAAUCUGUUUAUCUUCAUUUUAGGCACUAUCCAAUCGGAGUCCUGUUUGACCUCCACGCCUCCAACACCGUCUUACCUUGGAGCAUCAUUGUGCACUUUAAGGUGAGCGUUCACAAGCUUCUUUCGUGUGAUAGAAAUCAAAAUAAAGGAAUAAUCCGUCUUUUUAUGAAUGGUCGUAUUUAAAUGUUAUUUAUUUCAGUUUAGUUUUAAAGCUGGAAUUUAAUUUAAGUGUAUUUUUUAUUUUUCUGGAUUCUUGUCAGGGGUAAAACUGUCCAAAAAUUAAACAUUGUGUUAAAAAAACAUCUCAAAAUAUCGUCUUAUUUGACUGUUUACCUCGUCAGGAACAGGAUUUAAAUUGAACUUAGCUGUAUCUACUGUAUUUACUGAUUAUUACACGCCUGAUGUUAGAGCACAGAUUCAAUAAUAAAUGCCGUUCACAGAUGUGGAGGUUCAUGCAUUCACUCCCCAGCAGUGUGAGUGAGAUUGGGCCCCCCUAAUCAAAAGGUUUGGAGACGCCCCUGCCUGUUAGCGCCUUUCUGAUAAACAUCUGAUAAAGCAUGUGUAUCCAUGGAGAGCAUCACUCUCUCUCCAAACAAGUCAAUGUGGAUCGCCCAUCAGCAAUCCCUCUCAAUCAGUGUAAAUGAAUAACAGGUUGGUAAAAAAGGGGUUUCCUUUGACAGAAUCAGAUUAACUGUGACCUAAAUAUUUAUUUUUCUUCACGGUCGAUCGGGAAACUUCUGCUGUUAAGAAAUCUGAACAAAUUUAACUCCCAGCGCUGAUCCUGGGUUUGUGUUUCUGAGUGUCGAGGAUGAAAAUGUGUGUGAAGGAGAGGUAUCGCAGGUCAUUCAGACUCCACAACCGAAACCUCAGCGUGCAAAAAACCAUAUCAUAAUUUAUACUCUGUACACAUGUGAAUAUGACUCAUCUACAUAUCUUUUUCUUUUUUCUUAACUCUAAGUUUCUUUAUCCUAAUUUCUCUAUGUAUGUCUGUACUCUGCUGCUGUUAUCGCAGUUAUUAAAGCAAACAAAACAAUUUUAGUUUUGUUUAGCCAUCGUUUCCAAAGAAUAAAGAGGUUAUUAUCAAUCUGUAACGUUAUUCUAACGUUAACAAGUUAUUUUCUGUGUAUCUGAGACCUGCUGUAGUUUGUCUGCCCCCUUGUGGCUAAAAAAGGAAGUAUUUUUUGUCUCGCGUGUGACAGAAUUUCCCCGACCGUGACCUGCUCCACUGCCCGUCCAACUCUGUGAUCGAAGCUCACUUCAUGUCCAGCAUCAAGGAGGCCGACGCCCUCAAGCACAAGAGCCAAGUCGUCAAUGACAUGCAGAAGAAAGACCACAAGCAGCUGUGGAUGGGCCUGCAGAACGGUGAGACACACACACACACACACACACACACACACACACACACUAGUGUCACAGAAACACACACAUGUCUGUAAGCAGCUGUGAAGCAGCAUGGUUAAAGGUGAGAAGGGCACACACACACACACACACACACACACACACACACACACACGUUUGAAAGACCACAAGCAGCUGCUGGGGAAGUGACACAAGUUCACUCAUUAACUGUCAGAUGCACACAUGUUGUCUCACACACCUAUGUGCACACACAUGCAUGCAACCGCACAUAUUCAUACUUGCACGCACACACACACUCACACACACACACACACGUAAAACCACAGAGCAGUAAUUUUAGAAAGUUCAGCAGAAGACUCACUCAGGUGAAGCUGCAGCGCUGAAAUCUUGAUUAUUUGAAUACAGACAGAAAAAGAAAAACACGCUCUCUCUUUGAAGCCUCCACUUCCUAAACAUCUCCCACCCAAACGCCCACCAGCUUCCCACCCGUCUGAUCGGACAGGUUGAUUUCUUACCGGCUGUUGGUUGUGGAUUUGGUGGUUUGUGUAGGUGAGGUCGGGGUUAGGGUGCUGCUGAUUCAUCUGAAGCCUCUGAUGUGGGUCAGGAGGAGGGGUCGAGGUUCGGAGUAUGCGCCCUCCUUUGAAAAGCAAAACCCGACACAUGUGGUGUGAAAUGUUUGGAAUCACUGCAGGUCAAGUUGAUCAAAUAAGGCGACGAUAAACACUUUGAAUACCAUCAGAGUCACAGGAAUAACUUUGUUUUGAUCUCCAUGAAGCUCUAAAUACUCACAAAUAUCAUUCUUGCUGUUUUAUUACGACUUUAGAGGUUUUAAACUUUAUAAAAAAGCUCAAAUUUACGCUGUUUUUGUCAGACUUUCUCAAGCUGCUCCUCUAAGAUGCUCAAAAUUUGCUUUUUCAGAUCGAGACAAAAUACCAAACCAAGGCUAUUGUUCAUUUCUGCCUCGCUGGGUGAAAAAGAAACAACACUUGUGUCAUAAAUAAUGUCCUCACCCAGCAGUUUUCUCCAUGACAUUUUGUCUUGAUUUAAAACGUUUGUUUGUGGGAGACAAAGCUCGAGGAUAUUCCCAAAUGAAAAACUUGACAGCAGAGAAAGCUUGGCGUCAGUCAAAACCAGAAAAAAAAACAUGCAAAUGAAGAGUGAAACAAUGCAAAUUAAGGCCAGAAAAACUGACGAUAAUUUUCCAUCAUUUAGCGUGGAACUGCACAGUCAUGUAACUGUCAAAACUCUGCAAGCAACACUGAAAAUGUUCGAGAAAAUUUGCAUGCAAAGCCACAAAAUUUCAGCUGCCUACUGGUCUACCACUUUCCCAUGAUCGCAGAAGAAGGAGAAUUUUCAAAAGUGAGACGAAAACGUUCUUUAAUUUCAGAGACAGAGCUUUGAUAUACGAGGCCGGGGAUGUUUCUGAAAUAUUCAAAUUGUUUUCCCAUAAAAGUGUUUAAACAUUAAAGUCAGUAAUCGACAUCAACUGUGGAGUAACCCCCCAAAAAAGAGGGAGAGGACAGUGAGAGCUGAAACCUUCUCUGAACCCAAAACUUUCACAUCCAAAAGAGAGCAGAAACAGAGACAGAGAAACAGAACCGUGUCAAACUUUCAUCCCGCAGAAAGAAAACAGAAGGUUUGUGUGAAAGCGAGAGCUGAGAGGAGAUGGAGGCUCUGAAACCAGCACAUGUUUGGAGUCGUGAUUCUCACAAGGACCGCUGCUCAGAUGUUCUGCUGAAUAAUCCCUGAUUAAAGAUCGCGCUGGAUUAUGAUCUCUGACCUCCGUGUGAAAGGGCGAAGCUGCGCAGAAGGAGUUUGGAUAGUUUCAUAUGAACACAAAGAAGACAAUGUUCAGUUGAGGCCAAAAUUAUUCGCCCCACCCGAUGAAAUUUUCAUUUUUUUCCCAUAAUUUCCAAAGUGCUGUUCAACAGAUUAAUGAUUUUUUCAACUCUUAAAAGGGCUAAUAUUUUUGACUCUGGUAGUUUUUGUUUUUUGUAAAAUAAUGUUGUUUCUUUGUGCAAAGUAAAAUAAUGUAAGGAUCCAAAUAAAACUAGGAUGUUUGGAAAAGCUGUGUAAAAAAAUCAUUAAUCUGUUGAACAAAAUCAAAGGGGGGCGAAUAAUUUCAGUAGACAGUAGGCAACAAAUCAACACAGCAGCUUUAUAACAAUGAGAGUUUUGGAAGUUUAUAUUUAAUAAUCUCAUAUUUUACAUCUUCAGUGAUCAGCUAAAUAUAAAAAAGUCCUUCGCUGCAGGUUUUUUCGUCCACAGGAAAUACCCUCAUGACUGUUCGGUGAAGCAGUAAAAGGUUCACAGGCCUCUUGGUUAUCUUAGUUUCAUCUUGAUGAAGAGAUGAGUGGUCAAAGCAGGUGAGAAAAGAUAGAAACGUCGCGUCGGCCGCUCAGAUCAUUAUUAACAGGCAGUAUUUCUGCAUUUAUCCCAGCCAGGGGACUUUUUUGUGGUUUCCUCACCCUGUCACAUCAGUGAGUGGGUAUUUCCUCCAGUCCCAAAGCACUCGAGGGUAACUUCUAUAGAUACCCAGAGUUUGGCGAAGCGUGAACCCACCUCUGACGUUUAUUGACUUUUCCCAAACUUCCUGAAAAUUUCGAUUUCUUUGACAUUUUAACACUUUUUCCACUAUUUUUGCAGCGAAAAGUUUGAUGUUGAUCACUGCGUUAAUAAUCAGAUAAAAGGAAGUUUUGGUGACUCUGUUUCUCCUUUGGGUUUGCAGAGGUGCCCGACACGUGGUGCGGCACCUCACUUUCUCUCCUCUAAGUUUCUGAAACGAUGACUCAGGACUGCAGAGGAAACCGGUUUUUGUCGUAAAUUCUCAGUAACACAAACCUCUGCCCAAAAACAGAACCCGUGCCAAACACUCAUCGAACUGCAAACAAUAGAGCGUGACGCAGCGAAAACAUCAAAAGAGAAGGUCACUGGGUCAAAUUUAUGAUGUUGGUUUCUUUGUGUCACAGAUAAGUUUGACCAGUUUUGGGCCAUGAACAGGAAGCUGAUGGAAUAUUCCACUGAGGACGGAGGCUUCAGAUACAUCCCCUUCAGGAUAUACCAGGUAACACACACACACAGACACACACACACACACACACACACACACACACACACACACAGUAAGAAAACUGUUUGGUGAAAUGGUUUUUCCCUUCAUCAGUGACCCGAUAAGUAAAAUUUCAAGUGUUCAGACUCUGGAGAGCAGAGCUGAAGUUCACAGUCAGUCCAGUAGAUGUUGCCAAAGGACUGUGGUGGAAGCUGCUGCUCUUGAGAGGCGACCCAAAAAGUAAUUAAAGAGGAGGGAGAAGUCAUGUCUCGUCUUUAAAUGUGUAAAAAAAAAACUUUUAAAAACAAAUAAAAUCAUUUUACAGUUUUUAAAAUAACUGAAAUCCAUCACUUUAUCUUCACUCUUUUAAAGCCACAGCGUGUAGAAACAGGAACGUUUAUUUAACAGACAGAGUCGUGAUCGAAAUGCUCCCAUGCUCACCCCCCACCCUGUUAAAAAAACGAUGAUUCUUAAGUUUUUAGGAUAAAAAAAAAUCCUUAAUUGUGAAUUUCUUUGUGCAGAACAAAAUCCUCACACUGCUGCUUCAUAUUCCUCUGCUGCACUUCACACAGAUGCUCACAUACAUUACUGUUACUAGUUUGUUUCUGUUAUAAGCACCAGUAGAAACAUGAAAUUUAAAAAAAAAAAAAAAAAAUGACAAUAGUGUUUUUGUUUAAAGAACAUUAAAAGAUGAAAUAGUAGGAUAGACCAAAAAACAGCUGAAAAAAAUCAUGAAAGGGGAAGUACUGAAAAAAAAAUAAAGGCUUGAUCCAAAAUAGAGUUUAAAAAAUUAUAAAGACACGUAAUGAUGAAAGCACUGUGGAUAAAAUGUAGAAAUUUACAAGAAGGCCCGUCACUAAAAAUGUUGGAACCCACUCCUGUAAAUAAAAAAGACUCAUUCUUGGUUCAUUUUAAACAAAAGGAUCUUUAUUUUCAGGCGAUUAUUCACUCAGUUUAACAUGUUUAUAAAUACCAUGAUCCAUUUCUACAGAGAUCCAGCAAAGUACAGCACACGACACAUUUAAUUCACUUAAACCUGAUUUACCUGAUGUCAUUCAUCCUUAAUAAUCUUAAUUUAACGGGAUUAAAUUCGUCAGUUUUUUGUUCUUUUGAUGAAUGUUGAUCAGUAAAACUUUAAUGAUCUAAAACUGGGAAAUUCUAUAAAAUAAAAGCCGUCAUUUAUAAACUUAGAUAAUAUCUCUGAUCAAACCUCUUUGUUGAAAAUUUUCUCCUCUUUUUCCAAUUUUUGUGAAACAUUUGAAGUGUUUAUAUUAAAUAUUGAAGACAAACAUCAGUGUGAAAUCAUGUCUUCAUCUUCACCCCUUCACUCUGAUGAAAUAAUCUCUUUCUGAAUCAUGAAGUCAAAGAAAAAACAUGAAAUUAAUCUGCUCCACCCCGGUGUUUUAAAGGAUUUUCAUCAUUUCUCGUUCGUUCGAUACCUGAGACUCCUCCUCCACUUUGUGCCCAGUUCCAUGAAACUGGAGGGUGAGGCCCUCAGGGUUCAGUCUGGGAUCAGGAGGUGUAGGCAGACAAGCGGCCCCGGGUCGGGGUGUUUCCGCCAAGCCUCUGCAGCUUUAUCCUGACUCAGGUGAAAUUCCCUUUUUGAGAACAAAAAAAAAAGAAGGAAGAGGAGAUGAAUAAGCGGCUGAUCCUCGCCUGGAAAACAUUAGCGUGCUGCGCGCCAGACAGUGGGUGAAAAGUUCCACGCUUUCAGUCAUGUGUCGGGGGUUUUUAUGCAGAUCAGGAAAUGCGGGAAAAGAGUAAUUUGAUAACCUGAAGAGUUUCAGAGGUUUAGGAUUCCACCGAAUUCUUUCAAGAGUAAUUUUGUACCAUCCUGACGAAAUCAUCUGAAGCAACAGUGUAAUUAGACGUCAUCUGAAGUUCUUUUAAUCCUGCUGGACACCAGAGAGUCUUUGUCUGAUCCAAAGAAAGUCAAGAUUCAGAAAACAUCUGGAUGUUUGCUGCAACAAAAACAUGUUGACAGUCUGCUUGUGGACUCGUGGCUUCAGUGAAUGUGAGCGCGUUUAGCCUUGAACUUCAAACACAGCAGAGAGAAGGGCUUUCUCUCCGCUGAAACAUCAGUACCCGUCAAGAUCCGUUUGGAAAUACGACCAAAGUAAAGAGUGACAUCUCAGGAAACAACAGUUCGCUGCAUAUUUUCUGUCUGCUUUGACAGUUGCUGGUAAUUUCCCACUGUCGUGAUUUAUCAUCGAGCGUGACAACUUUUCAAUGAGGCCUGCCGGGCUCCACAUAUGGCUGCAUUUACAUUCUGCACAACAAAGAGGGCGGGGCUACAGCUGUCAAUCACCCUGUGUUUUGCAUGGAGCUCUAAAAAGCCCGUAAAUGCUUUUGUUUUUACUUUCACAUCUUCGGCGCGUAAAUAAACAGAUUCACGCUUCAACAAAAGCAUUCCUGCGUCGGGCUGUAAAGCAUAACUCUUUAAAGUGGCCGACCCAAACAUGCAGUCUCACCAACACCAGCCCGCCCUCUCAGACAUGCACUUGUUGUAGCAGUAAAAAAGUGUUGAAGUGGAAGACACCCAGACUGUUUUUCACGGCUGAAUUGAAAGUUUCCACGCUCAUUUAUGACUUUGGUCGGUUUCAUGAGUGUUGGAGCAUCAAAGCCUCCAAACAUGUUGGAGAAAAUAACUAUCAUCCCUGAAACGUCUGGAUUAUUGUGGACACACGGUGGUUUUUAUCUUAUAAACCGCUGGAUAUUUACCACCAAAGCAGGCUUGGAAAGGAAAAGAAAAAGGGUGAAAACUAAAUCAAAUCAUUAUGAGCCUGAAAAUACUCAUAAUGGCAACUUUCUGCUCCUACUUUCACCGUCUUGUGAGUCCGCACAGAUGGAUGAAAUACUCUGAAGAGUUGUACAAACAUCAACAUGUGGGAUUGAGCUUGAACAGCAAGGAAAUUUAAAGUGAGUGCACUUCAAAUUAGCGUAGUAAUCCUCCAUGAUUCAGAUAAACUCGAGAUAGACGGAUCAAUCAAAGUGGAAAAUAGUGAGCUUUAUUCCAAAACACUGGGGAGAAACUUUACUGACAUAGUAUCCAGAGGAUGAUUCCAUAAUUUCACCAAAGAUCUGUAACUGAAAUGGACCUAAGACUGCAAACUCCACAUCGAGCUACACAGCUGCACAGAAACUGCACAUUGUGGACUUUGCAGAGCGCAACUGAAAUCAUGAAGCAGGAAGACGGUUAAAAAGAACUAGAAUAUUUAAUCAUACACAUGCUGCGUACCAGUUGUACUUGGAAGUUUUUGAGCUCCAAGUCUGAAAUUCAUCUGGAACGUCCCCCUGACGUCAGAUUUUCGACUCUGAAAGUCGGACGAUCCUCACCAACCCCGACUUGACGACAACAUCAUAAUCCAAGAUGGCAGCGCAGUGCAUCAGCAGGAAAGAGUAACAGUGAAAGCUUUGGUAGUGUUUUAUUUAUCAGCACUUCUGUUUUGUUUUGUGAAAUUAAAUAAGUGGUUUAUGUCGUACUGCCCAACGACUAACUGUGAACACGGAGCUAUGGUGUAAAAUACUGUGUUAUGCGUCGUUUACAGCUGGUACAGCUAACAACGACUAACGACAGCUGACAAUUGAUAACAACAGCUAACGACGGCUAACAGUAGGUGUCCGUCUUGGUUUUCUGACUUAUUUACUGGAAUGCCGUCAACUCGGGUGUAACGUCAUUCCCAGCUCCGACUUACAAGGUAACUGGAACGUUACAUUACGUAGCUGUUAGGUUCUAGACUUGAAUGCUCCCUUACUCACCCCUCCCAUCAUUAAAGCAACGGUGGCCUUCAAGGACAAGAAACCCAUGUGAUGUAUUUAAGCUAAAUUAAACAUACUAUAUCAAAUCUGCUCUACUGAAUGCUGCUAAAAACGACAGACUGCACCUUUACUGCCAAUGAGAACAAGGCCAAACGAGCCAACGAGCCAAGAUCCUGUACAGAUGUUUAAGUGUUUCCUGUUGGAGUGAAAAUAAGUCAGUGUAGCAUCAAGAGAACUGGUCUGCACAUAUCUAAAGAAGACUCCCCAGAACAGACGGGGUUUAUACUGUGGCCGGUCCUUUAUGUACUGGGUUUUAUGGCAGACAUCUUUACCAUCUGUACCAUAAACAUCAUACCAAAGAAGAAGCAUGGGAACCGUGUCUGUGUCCGGCACGAGAAACUUAAAGCAACAGAGUAAUUUGCACAGAUCAUGAAUACCAGUUGAAGCUGUUGUGACUUUUUUACGGAGUUACCCUCUUUCCAGAUGUCAUGUUUGUCAGACACUUUUAAAAGUAACAGAAUCCACUUAAGUUUGUCCAUCAUUUUCAACACUUAAAAGACCUGACCAGUGGGAAGGAUGGGCAACACUUAACUGUUGACUUUGAUUUUUGUUGAAAUGGUUUGUUAUUUACAGCGUAACACAAAGAAGGACCCAGGUUGUAUUUCAAAAAACAAACAGAAUAUAAAUAAAACUGAAGCAAAUAUCUUGAAUUCUUUAAAAGCUUUAAAAAUCCACUCAGUGUCGGUUGCUAGGGAUACGCCAUGUGUGUUUUCUGAGUCAGAGUCGUUGCGAUGAGACCAAACGAGAUACCCCAGCAGCGCCGAGUCAUUCGGCCGGGACAAAAAUACGAUUUGAUCAAACAGAUGGAAAAAGGUGCAGAAACGCGGGGGGAGAACAAAGCUGUUCGGCACUCAGAAGUCACCCGGUGACGUUUGGGAGACGGGCUUACACAGGGGAAAUAUCCCCCCUCCCACACAAACACACACAGACUCACAAACACGCACACACGUACUCGAGAGUCCUUCAAAGCCAGAUUGUGGUCUUUAGUGUAAAUAACAUGUGCUGUGUUUGAUGCAGACAGAAUUAAUGACAACACUCAGUCCAAAUAACAGAGGGCUCAUUUCCGUCUGGCCUGCUCUCCUCAUGGAGACAAAGACGCCUCGUGGGCAUGGGCGACACAUUUCUGUGUGUGUGUGUAAUUGUGUGUAUGUGUGUCUAAUGUCCGAAGAAUCGUAACUGAGUCUGAUUUCAACCUUUAACCUUUAUUCAUACGUUUAUCAAGCUGAUAAAACUGAGUUCAUCUUAUUCCACAUAAAUCUGUAAAUAGUUUGUUUUUAAUCUAUCUUAAGUCUUCCUCUUCUUCUUCUUCUUCUUCUUCUUCUUCUACACUUCUUUGUCCUUCUUUGAUGUCCUCUGUCCUCUUUAACUUUCUCUUCCCUCUUUGUUUUUGUGGUUGACUUCACGUCUCCAUCCAUGUUUUCGACCUUCUGUUUCUAUUUUUUUCUGCCUUUGUCAUUUAAAUUGCUUCCACUUCUGCCCUUCGCUCGUAGACUGGUGCAUGUUUGUGCGCGUCGCCCCCGCCGCGCCCUCUUCUCUGGCAGGCUGCGGGACUUGUUUGGCUGCCAGUGCAUCCUCCUGCUCCAGAAGUGACGCCACUCUGUGAUUCAAAGCGCCGUAGGGGGGGGGCCGACCGUCUCGCUGCGCGGAAAGUGAAAAUUACUAUCCUCCUUUUAAAGACUGCUUACAUUGUUGCUGUACAGGUACUCUUCUCUGUUCCUGCUCGGUGACUAAGUGCUUACUCACAAACCUCCGAUGUAAGAGCUGGCGGUCCACCUCCAGCCGCCUCUGUGUUGUGGUGCUGAGGAGGCUGCGUGCUUUAAAAAAAAAGAAAAAGGCAUGUUUACUGCCUGGCAGAUAUCUUGUAAUAGCUGACUGAAACGAGGGGGAGGUGGUGACUACACAGACAAUUACAAAACAUGGGAAUGCUGGAAACAGCUCAUGCCAGAGGCAACAGGUGGCAUGCCUGUUGAAUAGGGGAAACACGCACCGACGCCUUUACAGUAAUGGUUUCUGUCAGAUCCAUGACUGACAAUGGAAAACCUUCAAGUUUGUAAUCAGGAUGACACGGCCAAGAAGCUUAAAAGCUUCUCAGGCUGAGGAUCCCUGUGAUGUGGUUUUGGCAAACCUCUCUGGUCUGGACAUCAUCAUGUGGAGUCAGAUGGAGGUUAAUUUGAUAAUUAAACCCGUGUCUUUGUCUGUGUCAGGAUUCAAUUAAAGGGUCGGCUCCCCUGAAGUACAAAAAGUCUUUUUGUUAAGGUUAUUUUUUGGUCUUUAUUUUGAGAGGAACGCUUUAGAGGGACCAGAUCCUGAGACCAAUGCAAGGAGGACUAAAGCCUCGGCUGUAUCAUCAAAGUUGUGUCCUCCCUUGAGACGGGAACUGUCAAGAUUUCGUUGAUACCGAUGCCGUUUGUCAUUAACUAGCUUUAUUACCCUCAUGGCUCUGCAGGCCUCUGAUUGGGCCCGUAUAAGUCAUCUGAUUGGUCAAUAGAUCAGGAGGACAAACCACCGUCCAGAAAUGCCACAGCAAGUGUUCCAAAGUCCCUUUGCCGUCACCUUUGCAAGUAAUGCACCGAUGAACACGCACCACCAACGUAAACCCUAAAAUUAAACAGUCUGUUGUUUAAACAUGAGGAGACAAAGGAACUUCGACGGGCACUACUGAAGAUUGGAGAUAUCGGCAUGUUUGAGAAGCACCAGGUCAACCUAGCAUGCAACUCUUGGCCAAUAAAUAAUUAAGAAUUCAGUCCAGUGUCUCAUGACGGAGUUUCUCCUGCACAGGUGUGUAUUUCAGGCUCUGAGAAAAUGAGGACUGCUAAAAAUGAGGCUGGAAUUUUAAUUUAGGAAUGGAUGGUCUCAGAGUUCAGUGGAAACGCUUUCUCUCACCCUCUCGACUCACGGAAACUCCUUUUGACUGACGGUACUGUACCCCUCCGCCCAUUGUCCGGCCCGUCAAUUAGGCAGAUUGAAUCCCCUCCACCAAUUAGCGGACGGCUUGAGUUCCGCUGCUCUUUUCACUCAGCGAGAGCGAGCCAUCUCUUUUCGCCUGAAUCCUAAUGACACCUCACUCUCUUUGUGAAACCAUGUGCUGCUGUGCCAGGUAAGGUGUCACACCAGCUGAAAAGAAAGUGUCCCCAUCCAAGCAAUAUCACGCUUCUCUCCCUGGGGAUCAAUAGCUCCUUCUUUGUAUGGUAACCGGCUCAAUUAUUCAUGGACGUCUAUUUAAAAAUGCAUCGAAGUAGCUGUCACUUAGCACACUCUCCCUGCUUUGGCUCUUGCCGAUGAUCCUGCACGAAACGCCAAGCUUCCUGUCAGUGACUCAGUCUUUCUGUGUAACCCGAGCACGGGUUUCACGCCUCCACCGCCACCUUCCUCUUGCUGGUUCGCGCCUGGCUCUAUGGUGUGUAGUUACCAUAUGGGUAUCUGAUCCCUGCCCUCGAAGGUUUCCUUUUCACAGCUCUAUGAUUAGGUCCUAUUGUGUGUCCGAGUCUCCGUUUGACACCUCAGGUUGGGUGUCCGCCUGGACCGCGUACAUGAGCCACUUUGAGGCUCUGACCACUGAGCAACGUUGGGACAAACUGGCCCAGAAAAAACAUGUUAGAAAGGAUAAUAGGUAAUGAAGUUACCAGGAGAGGACAGAUGAUCAGUAUCGGGGCAGAUAUUUGUCUUUUAGCUGAUUGACGGUAUCGGCUCUGCGUUUUAAAGAUGGCUGAUAAAACUUUGCCAGGUGCUGAUAGGUGUCCAGCGAUUGGCACCUUUUCUCCUGCCCCCGUUGAUACAGGUCAUCGGGUGACCAGAGCCACUGAAUUUUUAACUCUGCAGUGAUAGUGAGACUCUUGACUUUUACCAAGAACAGACCUGCGGACACACAAGACUCAGGUUCGAAAGUGUUAGAUUUGGAGUAUAACACAAAACGGGACUUAAACUCAUGCACAAGUUCCAAAAAUUAAGAUCACAUCGUGUCAGGUUUAACCUCUCAAAUGAAUCCUUCAACGUUACCUUAAAGAUCUUUUUAGCAUUCGAAUAAACCAGCUAAUCGCUUCAACUUCAGGGUUUCUGUUGGCUGACUGAUAACAGAGGCUGACAGGAAAUAAACUUGUCUUUUCCAAAGGUUGUCUGGGUAGUAUACAGAGCAUGUGAUCGAGGUGGAGCAUCAAGAGUUUCCUCUUCUCACUCACAAAGCUGCUCAUUCAGUAUCACCGGAUCCAAACAACCCGUGCCCCAGACUGAGAAAACCUUUAGGACUCCUCAGGUUCUUUUCAAAAGUGCAUCGAAACCUCCGCUGUCCAGAUGAUUGUGUGAGAGAACUCUGUGCAGGACGAAGAGAUAAGACAGAGCUUUCACUUUUUCAUACAUCGGCUCUGGUCACACGCUCAGGUCAACCCAGGGUCGGGGUGCACGUUGGGUAGCGUCCAAGCCGUCCAUGUUGCAUAGGGAACCGAAAUCAUGCUAACUUCCGGGUUAGCAUACGGUCCUAUGGAGCCCAUCAAAAUGAAUGGACAGAUAUAUAUAACUACUGGUCCGCUUUGGUAUAGGGAACCGAAGCCCCUACACAUUUCACAUAUAAUGUUUAUCAUGUUUAAAUUUACAUUUUAACCUCGAAAAAGCCGUGAUUUUAGACAUGUUGCUAUAACUACAGUUUAAUUUAGAGUGAGACCACGUAAUGAACUACACCGCUCGUCGCACUAUUUUUGCGUCACUGUCUAAGCUUUGACAGACGACGAUGGCGGUGACUUUGGCAAGUUUCACGUCCUUCUUCCAGGAUGAAGGAAAGAGUAUUAAACGUGGUGAAAACCACUACAAGUCGGGUCAUGUUGAGAGUGGGAGUUAGGGAGUUAGCUAGAAGUAGAAAUACUGACGUGACGUCAUUUACGCGACUUCUUGAGGUCUGUAGUCUCUCCAUUUACGUGUUUUCAAAGACAAAUAGAUCAACAAUUAGACAACAAACAUAGCCUUUAUUUACCUUAAUGGUUAUCAUUUAAGUUAAAAUACAACAUAUUUGUGACUCAGGGUGUAAAACAAAGCGGACCAGAAAAUACCAUAGACCUGUCCAUUCACUCCUAUUAUCCCAAUAGGACCUAUAGCGCUAACGCGGAAGUGGGCGUGGCUUCGGUUCCCUAUUUACAACCUUUCAGCUGAGGGCUAAAUUGUCCAGGAACGGUUCGAUCCACACCAGGACUGGGUUUACUAGAUCUCUGUCUGGCUGUAAUUUCCCACCAAGUUUCCCGUACCUCUCCCUCCUGGAAUGCUGUGGCUGCAGGCCUGGCCAUCGGAGCUGCACAGUCAUGGGGAUGUUUUCUGCAUACAUCACCUUUGAUUAGCUGUCCCAUGAUGACUUAGUCAGUUUACUUUACAGGCAUUUAGUGGUCGCUCUUAAACCCGGGCGAUCUGCAGGAUGAGCUCCUACCCUGUUUCUUGAUUGCUACCAUGUUGUGAUAUGUUGUAAAUAAAGGAAAGGUCAAAGGUCAGGGCUACAUCAUCAGGACGGUAUGCUACUGGCUGUGAGAGGAAUCUCUAAAAACUCGACUUUAUGCUCUUAAGAGCGUGGAUUUUCGCCGUGUUCCUUUCCCGUCAUACAAAAUGCACUUAUAGAAUAAUAUCCCCAAUAUUUUCUACCAUUUCUCCGAUAUUCCUCUGCCAUCUCAGCUGCUACAGCCUUUAAACAAACUUUUCAGAGGACUGUGCAACACGUGGCAACUUUUGGGCUCAAACUCUUCUUGAUGCUAGCAGACAUGGAGUCGUGUGUUUCUACAGGAAGUAAACAAAACGGUUUGAAGUGAGAAAAUCAGGAUCUUUAUCUGUAGGAAUCGGCUGAGAAAUUAUCAAAAUCUAUUUGUUUCCCAGCCCUAUUUCUGCUGUACAGCUGAGCCAGAAUAUGUUAUUUCUUUGGAGUCAAAACAGAAGUUGUACCUCGACAAGUCGACUCAGUCAACAUGGCUAAACCCAGAAUCACAGAGUCUGCAGGUAAAGGCUCAUUUAUGCUCAACGUUACAUACAGAUCCGGAUAAAGACGAAGCUCUCUGUCCGUGCUUCGCGUUCUUUUCGUCCGUAUUUCUGCACAUAUCCUUGAGGUUCACGGAUACGGGGCAGACGGAGCAGUACCACCUGAAACCUUUGGGGCAGUGUUGUUGCUGUCUCUACCCGAUACACAUCUCUAGAGAGAAACGAAGAAGACAAUGGCGGGGCUUUUUGAGGAAAGGUUAUGCGAGCAGGUACGCAAUUACAAACAUACAUCCUCCAACCGCCAGGUAUUUAGUGGCCUGACUGAUCGCCACCUCCUCCAUCGCUGCCUCUGUGAUGAUGAUGAUCACUCCUGGUGGAUGUGAUGGUUAACAUCCAUCCCAACGUAAAGGACACAUGGAAGUAUGUGGACAGUGACGAAACCAUCGUUUGAAACAGAGGCGUACGUUUUUUCCUAGACUUAGUUUCAGAUUGAGCAGGUUGACCCAGAUUUAACCUAAACUCUGUUUGUACGACCAAAAUGUCUGUCAUCUGAUCUUGUUUGUAUCCAGAUAGUCGAGCGUUAAAGCGUCAUGGCAGUCACCACUAACCAGAGCGACAACAAGCUCUUUACUCCUAAACUGAUUUGGUUAAUCUACUCCUCCAGGUUUUUAUUAUAAGAAUGAAAGUGGUCUUCAUCAAGUCAAUCAUGCUCCACCUGUCCAUACAAACUCGAACUUUGAUUUCCUCAGUGAAGGCCAGUCGUGCAGCUGGGAACUUGUGACAUAGCCUGAGAAACCCUGAACUUAAAGAUCAACAACUUCAUGACGUCCAAACUCUGUCUCGAGAGAGAUAGAGAGAGAGACAGAGAGAGAGAGAGAGAGAGAGGAUUUGUCUCAGUGCAGAAUGUCAGAAUUACUCCACCGUGCCCUUCGCCCUGAGGAGUUUUUUAAUCCGGUUGGAAGCUGACUUCUCUGCCAGGAACACACUCAGGCAGCAGCUAAUGACUUUCAGGCUGCGUGUAACAUCUGCAACAUCUGUCCACACGUUGCCAAAUAUCUCAUUCUUGAGUGGUCAGGCUCAUCAAAGCUCCAUCCUCCCAGUUCGACUCAGCAAACUCAAGUGUCUGCGUGGAUUUGCGUGCAUCAUGGUGUGGAUUUCCCCUCGCUGCUUGGACGUCAUAUCACCUGUUGUUUCCCAGAAUGGAGACAAGGAUUUGUCCGGCUCACAGGAUCUUCUGAUUUGUUUUUUCGAUCAACUCCUUCGGCUGACGUCACAUGCUGAGUGACUGUGUGUUUUUGAUUGUACCAUUAAAGCAGAUGGAAAAAAUUUUAAGGCCAGCAGCAGCAUUUGAUUUACAAAUUUGUGCAACUUGGACUUAAAAGAGUGAUGUCCUUUUUUGUGAAAUAGAGACCAGGCUGUUUGAGAUAAAUCUGAAUAACAGAGCGUCUGAGAGUAACGCAUUAAUAGUAUAUCAUCUUAAGUCAAGACACAGGCGCUUCAGUGGUAAAGGAAGAUGUAACGUGACUUUGAAAGAACCACAAACCUCUCAGGUGGUUGGAGCGAAGGGUUUGAUUUACCAAGCAUCUGAAGACCUCACAUCCUGCCAACAGUGCAGGUUGGUUUCCGGUUCCCAUGAUUGAGAUCUCUCUGAGAGCCAACAGACCUCUCAUGACUAAAGCCUCGGUGGCAGCUCAGGAAAUGAUGAAACCGGUCUUUAUUUUAAGGACGGUUUACAGUCACAGUUCUGCAUCGACGCAUUUUAAUGUCUUUGCCCGUAAAACUGAAACCAACAACUCGGGAACUUCUGAGGUCUCAAGAGAGCUGAUCCAUAGUCAGGGAGCCCUCAGACCUUUUUGUGGUCUUGAUAUCCAGUCCUUUUGUUCUGGUUCAAGACAUCUAGUUUUUGUUCCUACUUCUACGAUACGAUCGUAAAGGCAGAACAUCACUGCUGCUUUUGUGUGUCUUUCUACUUUAAACCUAGACUGACUAGGUUGAAAAAAGGCGCUGUAUUCUUGCUUUGUACAAGCUUCGCCAUCAUGGAAAAUACAGCCGAACCAGAAAAGGUUAGCCUCACAAAUAUGUUUGUUAAAUCAUGAAACAUCAAAUCCUCAAACCGCAAAGGUUAAAAGAAGAAAAAUCUUUGUUUCUCACUGGAUCUUUUACAUCUUCCCAGAUCGUAUAUAAAGCUUCUGAUUGGUCUGCAAACUAUCAUAGUUGCUCAAUGCAGUCAAACCUAAAACAGGGUAUAAAGACCACAUCCAGGAAGAAAUAAAGAAAGUAAAAAAUAAAACUUUAAAUCGGAGAAUAAAGUUGUUAUGAUAAAAGUUCAUCAUCAGUAUGUAAUGAGAAAAAAAGGUCGUUAUUUAAUUCAACAUGUUUUUUUAUUUUGUGCGGCAGCUCUUCUGAUAACCUUCAAUCUUUACUUUACUCUUUACUACAACUUUACUUCAACAUCAGGACUUUGUUCUUUUAAUAUUGUGACUUUUUUUAUUCUCCUAACAUUAAUUUUAUUCUGCUGAUAAAAGAUCCUGUUCUUACACAAGUGGUUUCAAAUGAAAUCCCCAAGAGGGAGAAAACAGCAACACCAAAGACAAAACCGAAACACGACACCCCUAAAAAAAAACUAAAAUUUAAAUCUGAAACAACUGAAACUUAUUCUGGUUUUAUUUUGACUUUACGAGGACUUUAAUCUUCUAACGUUAUGACUUUAAUCCUUCUUCACAUGACCCUGGAAAUCUGUCCUUUUCGUAUCACUUGAACCUUGCCUGUUUAUAUGUUUUUUUCCCUCCUUUUUUUAACUUUGUUGUUAUUCUUUUAUUUCAUUUCAGACGACGAGCGAUCGACCGUUCAUCCAGAAGCUGUUUCGUCCCGUUUCAGCUGACGGCAGCAUGCACACGCUCGGAGACCUGCUCAAAGAGAUGGACCCGACAGCUUUACCAAAUGAAGGUCAGUCUACACGGAGGCUGUUUACUCUUACUUUGGUGUUUAGAUAAUUGGGAUAAUACCAAGAUUAAUAUAUGUGAAUUAAUCCCAGAGACAAAUCCAAAUCAGGCUGAACAGAUUAGACGUACAGAGAUAGAUAAACAUGAAUUAUCUGACUCUACAAAAUCCUGUAUGUAAAUGAGUUCCAGAUGAAAACACUCAAGUCAUAAAGUUUUACAACCUUUCAAAUUAACCGUCAGAAUCAGCAACAUAUCACCAAACAGUUCAGAUUACAUGUGGACGGCAGGUUUUGGAUAUGAGCUGCGUUUGUGUGCACUCGUGGCACACAGAUGCAGCUGUAGCAGAGGUGUGGUGAUCAUGAAAGGAAAGAUGAGAGGAGAGAGAGAGAGAGGCUCAGCGGCAGUCUAAACAGGCAGAGAGGAAGUAGAUAAGGAGACAAUAGAGGGGAAGGACAGAGGACCCGCAGGAGACUCACCUGCACAGAGGAGACGGAGUCAUUAAGAGCGCCCCCCUCCACCCUCCCUUCAGUCUGCCUUUCUGUCCCACAGUCACUCUCAUUUUAUCAACAUCUCUGUCCAAAUCACUCACAUCUAACACCAAACCUUCCAUGUAAUCCACAGAGUUAUUUAAAGGGAAUCUCAUGAGGGUUAAAACCGGGUUUCAAGUGUCUGAAAAUAACAUAAAAGUCUCUUAAAUAUUGUCUUUUUAACUUAAACAUGCUGCUUUCACUUUUGGAAAUAAACAGAUCUUAAUAAUCUUACACACCAGUCACAUUAUACUACAAUAUAAGUGUAGUCAAACCCCUCACUAUGACAUAAUCCUGUAUUUAAAGAAAUAAGUGUCAUACUGCUAAGAGAGUAAACCAUGUGGACAGCUGGUUUGACCAAAAAAAAAACCUUAAUUUAAGACGGUAAGAGACCAGCUUGUGUUUACAGUAUCAGCUCUAAGAAUAGAGUGGUACUAUGCCAAGAAUUAUUGUAAAAUCCACUCGUUUUGUGAGACCGGCAGCUUUCCUGCGCCGACUUUGUGUGUUUCUGUGACUUCUGGGGUUUUUUCUAUCCCUCAGUGAAGACCGGUGUGUUUUCAGGCUGCUCCAGAUCUAGUCAUUUAAAAACGAAGAUAACCUCUGAUAGUUUAGGUUUUAGUGAAAAGUGUCAUUUAUGUUGUUAGCUGACUAUAGUCAUGUUUCCAUGUGCAAAAUUUCUUGAUCCGAUUAAAAAUUUGAGGGAUUGGAUAAUCUGAAUCCACUGUUUAUACGGGCGCAAAGUCAAAUAAUCUGAUACAUGCACCAAGUUUUAUUCAGAUCAGAAGCAUUUGGACAUGCGCAAAGUUGUCUUAUUUCUAAGUUAUAUUUACGUCUGUGCUGUCAACAAACCAACAAACGCAGUAGUUCUUCACUUCAUCCGAUUCAGGAUUUUCGCCUCUGUUAAAUGUUGUCACUAGAUGGCGCCCUUGCUUACUUAUUUUACUGUUUUGUCAAAGUCAGGCUAGUUUUACCCCGACAAAGAGUCAUGAUCGGUUUACGUGUUUCGGAAUGACAAUCGGCAUGAACCACCCCUCUCGAUCGGAAUACAAUUUCUUUCUGAUUGAGUCGAAUUCGAUAAGAAUUUUCCGAUCAACUUGUUUACAUGACGCAUUUUUACCUGAUCGGGCCUUAAUUCUGAUUAAUUUUUGCCCGUGUAAACGCAGCUUAUGCCAGGCAGAGGCUGCCACCUUUGUUGUGGUUUGUCGACCAAUCAGAAGCUUAAUACGCGAUCAGCUGACAGCCUGCUCACAAUACAGAAAUACAAAAGAUAGACCUGCUCUGGUUGGAUUUAUUCCAUUUGGCUUAUUCUAGUAUAUAUAGAUCUACGCUCUUCGCCAAUACUUACACAUGUGAUCCUGUUUUUGUCUCGUUUCACUCAAUGUUGAGAAAAUGAAAUCUUUAAUUAACUCAAAAGAUGUUAAAAUGACUGUUUUUAAAGGGUUUUUUUAUGUAAUUUAACUAAACCUGUUUUUCCGAAAGAGUAGUGGGUCACAUGAUCUAGAUUAUACCAGUUAAAGCUGAAUAAACUUGUAUUAAAAGUGUUCAGUUUUGUAGUUUUGAUGCUGAUAUCGACGAAGUUUUUAAGGGUCGUCUGGGGAAAGAUGUCGUUAUCCUUUCUUUGUUUCUGUCCAAACAUCAUUUAGUCAUUACUGUUUAAAACCAGCCAAGUCCGUCUCAUUGUUUAUGGCUCCUAUUUGAACGGAUUACAAGCCUCAGUGGACUUCUCUGAUCAGGGACAGCUGUCCGAUUUCACAGAAUCAUUCGUGUUAGUGUUGGCGUCUUCUUGGCGUUGAAUUUUUGACCGAUUUCAGGGUUGGCGUUGAAUUCGCACGACUGUGCGGCGGAGACAAAGAGAUCCUCUGAAUGUCUCUUCCUCUUUUCUUCCUUUUGAGUUUCCCUGAGCUGAGACGGUCUUCCUCUCUGAUCCCCUAUCUCAGGUGUAGUCUUCUCCUACAUCUAGACGUCUUUCAUGUCUUUGACGUUAAAUCUCGGCUCUCCUCCCUCUCACAGGAGUCUGACUGAUCAAGGUGAAAGUUGUCCUUUUGUCUCCUGCCGUUUGUUUGGUUUUUACCUCUUCCUCGGCUUGUAGAUGAGAGGAGUGAUAGCCGGAGAUUAUGGCGGCGUGUUUGGAUUAGAGAGACCCAGACGUGUGUUCAGGGGCUGGGCCGGGCUGAGGGGGGUUGUUGCUGGUGGUAUUGUGAAGAAGUUCAUAGGAUUUCUUUUCUUUUUGUUGCUGGGACCCUGUGAUCAUGAAAACAUCAAAUAACAGCUUUUUCAUACUAUCCUCCCCCCUGUUAUGUCUGACGGAGGAUUUGGCGUUGACCUGUGUGGGACCCAGAAACCAGCCGCAGCAAACAAAUGGGGGUGGCUUGAAUUAGGAGGACCAAAGACGGGGAUUCCCAAAAGGGUUCACAAACGUCGGUCAAACAGCCGGUUUUGCCGCGAGGCUGUUGUUCCCCGCGGGCUGCGGGAAGGAAACUCAAAACAUGAUGUUUCUGAAAGCAGUGGUCAGCGGUGACGUCUGUCGGCGCUGUCUCACUCUGUUUUCUCGACCAGGUGUGUUAUUGAGCAAGGCUUCUUGGCAGGAAUCAGACCCGAGUGUGAGCCGAGACGAUAACACUGCCCACACAUGCGACGCGUGUGCCGACAGACUUUUCUUGUAAGCCUUUUUCUUUUCUUUCCUUGUCGGUUUAAUUGGAGGUAAAACCAAUCAUGAGAAAAAAAAACCUGGUCUGUGAAUAAUCAGGGGAAACCCCCCAACCCGUCUCAACCCCACCCCAGCUCCCUCCUUACAAGUGACAAAUCCACAAAACAACACCUUCAGCAUCCUCCACCUCCUCCUCCUCCGCACAUGUGUGGUACGUCACACUCAUGACCGGCAGGCUUCCCUGAACAGGCUGCUUCAGGAGCCGCUGUGAUCAUCAAACGGGACGGUUCACCUUGGAGGUUUCAGAGGCUGAUUUGAUUCAGCGAGUCGUGGGUUAGGGUUCAUAUGCGCGGGCGUCUGAGAGCUGCACCAGGCAGGGGAAUUCAAAACUGGCCUGUUGGAUCUAUUGUUGGCCAGAGUGUGGUUUGUAGAGACGCGUUUUGACUGUAAAAGGGGACUCAGAUAUUUCUGUGAAGGCUUCGAACGUCUGAUUGGAAUCAUGACGACGAGUUUCUAAGAGAUGGAGAAUAUACCGUUUUAUUAAAUGAGUGGGAGUUGACAGGAGUUAAAACACAGUUCUUCUCAAACGUACCGAUUAUUUUCCCCUCAAUAAUAUUUUCCAGCCUCUCAUAUCGGAGCUCUUUCUUCUUCUUUUCUGAGUGAAAUCUAACGAGAGGAGAUAAAACAUUUGUGAGUGUUAGUUUCAGGUCUUGGUUUGGACAUUACAGUUUUACACUGAUUUCCAUCACAUGAUGAUUCAAACCUCAAACUUCAUUUCCUCUUGAGGGCUGCACUAAUAUUAAUAUUGCAGCAUGAGCGUUAAAAAAAAUACACUUCUUUUGCAGUAAAUUGGGGAUUUGUUUUGUGUUUUUUUCACUCAGAUGAAGCGUUAACCAGCUGUCAGAUCACCUUAGACUAAAUAAUGAGAGUUAAAGCUCCUGUGAGGAGUUUUCUGACGUUUAUAGGAUAGACUGUAAAUCACUUUAUAACAUGUAAAAGCAAAUAAGAUCUUGAGGGUUUUAAUUAGUCAUUUUUAAUCCCUUAAACCAGAAGAAACGGUCCUGUUUUUGCAAUAAAAUUCAACGUUUCACUCGUAAAAGUCGACAGGAUGAGAUGUUUGGACAGAGGACAUUACUAAGAGCAAAGACUUUUUUGUCCACAGGGGGCGCCAAAAUUGGCACAAACCAAAAGUUCCUAACAGGAGCUUUAAGUGAUUCAGAAAAAAGGUUUUGGACGAACUUUGGAAUCAACGAAUAUUUUCAACCGAUUAAGACCAGGUCUCUAAAACUUACAGCCUGUCUCCUUUCAUUACAUUAAUCGAACCAUCAUCCUUCCUAAACCCUAAACAGUGGAAACACUGAGUGACUCUGAUUUCAUUUAUUUAAAGUCGUUUUCUCAGAUCAGUCCAAACAGGAGAUGGUUUCCUCGUCCCGCCCCGCCGUACGCCUCUCUUCCAAAAAAGUAACUCAGUGGAGGUUUUACUCCUCCAAUAAUUUGUCAGUCAGUCAGUCAGUCAGUCAGUCAGUCAGUCUGACCAGCUGCCAGUCGUGCAGUCAGACUGUGUGUUUGGCUGAAGGAGAGCGCAGGGCUGUGGUCUUCCUAAAUAGUGGUUGGCUUUGCUUGACUUACAAAACAUGUCUUCUUGGCCGGCGGUCGUGUUCUGCUCAACCACAGGCUGUGUGUGUGUGUGUGUGUGUGUGUGAGUGUGUGUGUGUGAGUGUUGGCGGCCUAUUUUCAUUGUAACUGCGGCUGCAGAUUUGAAAGCCAAGGAAAUUAUUGAUAAUGUGACUGGGGUUGAUAAAGAGUGAUGUUGAAGUGUUUUCCCUCCCACAGGCCCGGCUCUCAGUCUCUGCUGCUGGGAGGGAAACUUUUACAACCCAUACACAGUGUUUGUCUUCUUAUCUGGACUACGGCUUGAUCCAGGAGUUAAACACAAGUCCACUCUGGACAUAUUUGAUGUACUUUAAUUGGGGCGGGGCGAUGAACUGAAAAUUUACAGAAAUUUACGACAAUAACCAGAGUUUGGUUGCAAAUUAAUCGACCAAAGCGAUCUGAAAUGUCGUCUUUGUGUCAAAAAUAUGAGUUUUACAUGUUGGGAAAGUUUAUAAUCCUCGUCUUUGGUAAAUAACCGGAUAAACGGCAGAGGAAGUGUGACACUGUGAGCUUUAAGAGUUCAUCAUCCAGGAGAGUGAAGAGUGAUGUUUCUGAGGAGGAGUCUGUUUAAAGUCUUUUUAUCCAGUUUGAUGUGGAUUUGCUGAAUUAUGAGCAUAGGGCUGGGCUACAAACCGAAAAUUUACUGAUACCGAAAUUUAUGACAAUAACUGACGUCAUUUUGCCCAUAUCGGUAUAUUCGGUGUAAAAUAGAUAAAUCAAUCAAAGUUGUUUUUGGAUGUGUGUAGGUAGGCUAUGGUCUCAUGUCCAUUUAAGACGCUGUGCUACAUCAGAGACGUGACUCCGCCCCAUCCAGUUUGUAACAAAGAGGGAAAGACAGGUGAGGAGAUGGAGGACGGUUCAGAAGUUGGAGCGGCUGAAGUAGACGAAGUUAAUGUGGGAGGGGGUGAGCAGCUUUAGGAGUAGUUAUCGUCCAUUUAUCGUUAUCGAGGUGAACUGAUCAAUAUAUCGUGAUAUUGAUUUGAGGACAUAUCGCCCAGCCCUACUUUUUAGUUAAGAGCAAACCUAACUGUCUUUAAUACUCCAGCAGGUGAAGAUGUGAGAUUUUAAUGAGCUUUGGAUCGGUCUUUUCUGUAACAAAAUACAUGAAAACCGACUAACAGCUCCACUUUACCUUCAGAGAAUUGUUAUUUUCAUGCACGAAGUUAAAUUUUGCAUUAUGACUCUGUUCUGAGAGCUCCCCGCCCUUCUACUGUUAUAUGUGAAAUGUCUGAGGCGGGGAGAGCAGCAGCAAAGACGGUGAUAAAACACACGAGAGGGAUCAAAUCAGACACAGCUGAAAAAGUAACCUCUGUUUUUGGAAGAAGUCGAGAAGUUCUCAAACUUUAUUUCUGGAUUCAAACCGCAGAAGUUCUUCUGCAGGUCAAAGGUUGUAGUUACAUCAUGUUGAAGAGAAGUCAGCUGAUAGGAGUCUUUUUUUUUUUUUUUUUUAAUGCAUGAAACGCAGAUUUAAAUCACACCAGAUCUACACGACAGAAUCAGUCUGAUUACUGAACAAGCAGCAGCCUCCAUGAUUGAAAUAAAGGCUAAAAGCUGAUCCUGGUUGAACACAGACUGUGUGUCACCCCCUCUUUUUGUUUUUGGGGUGUUAAUGGUCAGGGCCUCGAGGCUUUAAUGAAUCACAGGACUGAUUGUUGGUCAAUCUGGGAAAAAACCUCAUUUAAAAUCGAUUUUUAUUCCCGUGUUACAGAAGAAAUCUGCAGACAAUUAUUCCAAAACUUUGGGGCAUUUUUCUGAGGAAUCAAAUUCUUUACCGUCACCGGAGUUCAAACUUUGGAAACUGUUAAUCACAGACUAUUGGGUUUAUCUGUUGAAGUGGCUGUAACGCUCAACAGAGUUCACUGACUCACUGAGUCACGGGUCAAGAGGACAUGAGCACCGGCAGGGAUGUCUAAAACACUUAAAAAAGAAUAAAAUUAUCAGGAAGGAUAUUUGUUUUAUCCGUGCAUAUUGUUUUGGAUUCCUGAAAUUUGUAGACUGAUCAGUAACAGCUGUUCUGAUCACCCACAGCCUGUAAAAACCUGUUUAUGGCAGGAAAUCACCAUGACGAUGACCAAAAUACGAUAAACCAGCUGCAGUUUCAACCAAGACCGAUCAGAUAAUGAGUGUCUGUGUGAGUUACUGUAGAUGCCUAAUGUACCUCAUGUUAUCAUCUUCGGUGUGUGUGUGUGUGUGUGUGUGUGUGUGUGUGUGUGUGUGUGUUUUGGGGGUGUUACCUGUUGUGAAUUUCCCCCAUUUCUCAUAAUGAGACUACGCCUACUCCGCCCACAUCUGCUCGUCUGUUGCCAGGCAAACCCAGGGGCUAAAGGUCAGCGGUGAGAGGAAAACACCACUCUGUGUGUGUGUGUGUGUGUGUGUGUGUGUGUGUGUGUGUGUGUGUGUGUGUGUGUGAGUGAGAAUCAGAGAAAGUGCGCUCUCAUUUUUGGCUGUCACGAAGGCGCGAUCACACCUUUUACUUUCUCAACUAAAAUUAUGACUUUCUGAAGAUUCCCUUUAACCGACGUGAUCGAAAUCUUAAAACUGUGAUGAACAUGAAUAUCAGGGAGUGACGCUUCAGCGGAAUACGUGCAGGAAAAUCGAAUUUGCUGUGGUGAGAACUUUGAGCUCUGGAAAAUGUAGGUAUAAGAAAACCCUCAAAAGUGACCGUAAAAACCUCCUCCAGCUUUUUCACAGAUUAUAUAUGAACUUAUUAACUCUAUCGCCUCUUUACAGCUCAGUUUGGUCCACAAAUGUAGAUCUUGAACCUGCUAAAACAGUCUUAAAAAAUUGUGCCUGUCCAAUGACCUUUCAUACAGUAUAUUUGAAUAAGAUAAUGAGGUAUAAUGUUAAAUAUGAACAUGAAUAAGAAGAGACCAGAGUCAAAUUUUCGCACUAAAUGACUUUUUUUAAACAGCUGUGGUUUAUUUUAAACCUUAGUACGACUCUUAAUCCAGAAGAAGUCAAAUAUAAAGGUACAUUUAGAGGUUUUCAUCAUAAAUUUCAUCCUCUAAAUCUUCUCCUCACUUCCUGCCUGGUUGCAUUAAGGUUGCCUACAGGAAGCCGUGGUUUAAGGCGGCGUGUGAAUGUGAGUGCAUGUUAAUGUGGAAGCAGAGGAGCAGGAGAGAGAAGCUGCAGCUGCAGUCAAAACUUUUGUUUCAUUACAAACAUUGAACCUCUGUGUGACUAAUGCCCAUCUAAGAUUAAAAGCUCUAUGUUUGAUACAUCUAUACUCUGUGUUCGCUUAGUCUGCAUCUCUGCACAUCCGACCCCAACGUUACUAUUAUUAACUUUUUUUUUUUUUUUUUGUGUUCUUAGUUCACCACAAAAUCAGAAGAGUUAAACUCCUUAAAUAGAAUUGUUUUAUCUGUUUAUUUUAUUUCUGUAUUGAUGAGCUUCACUUUGCUCCUCUGACCUGAAAAAAAUCUAUAAAUGACACAUGAUGCAUUAAAUCUUUGAGGUUUGUUUCUCCAUUAUUGCAUCAGAAAUCAGCCCGCCCUUCACCUUUUGUUUACACCUCUCCGCCCUGCACACACACACACACAAACACACACAUAUCCUCCUAUAAUGUAAAGUUUCACUCUCAGCCGCCCUGCAGAAUUAAAACCAUGCAACUUAAUAAUGCCUCACUUCAUAAAAAACAUUAAUUUAAAAUGUGCAUUCUCUUUAUUCUGGUUUGAUUUGGCGUAAAUCACAACCCGGCAACGUGGCAGCGCAGCAGCCCGCCUCUGUCCUGAAUAUGCAAAUGUGCCCUUUGACCUUUAAGCUCAUCUCAAACCUCUGCUGAUCUUUAGUUUCCUGACAUCAGCGUCUGACUUGUUGCUGUUUGCCCGUCAGAGAGCAGGUGUAGGGUGGAGCCGCUUCUCAGACCGUCAGUUAACGCUUCGUCUCAACCGCCCUCCUGAUAUUACGUGGAGCUAAAAUGUGGGUGCACGAAAGAAAGCCGGCCUCUGUGUAUGUGUGUGUGUGUGUGUGUGUGUGUGCAUGUGUGUGUGAGGGCAAGAGUGAUAGACAGAAAAGGUCCAGACUGUCUGACUUUCUCACGAACAGCCUGAGCACAAAAAAAGUCUAAAAUAACCAAAAGUUAAAAUGCCGCUUAAAUGAUCGUAAAUAUUUUUAAAUGCUCAGAAAAAUUUAAUUUAAAAGUAAAAUUAAAAUAAAGAGCAAAGAUUAAAAUCCGUCUCUCAGAAAAACAAGCAAUUGAAAGACAGCUGCAGUUUUCACAUUAACAUUUUAAAUACAGUUUCUGUUUCUCACCUUCAGGCCCGUCACGGCAAAAUAAAAAAAAAUCCCGAAACACGUAACGAGCUGGAACUGACAUGAAGUGUUUUUUUUUUAAUCUGUCUUUUGACAGGUGAGAAAAAGUUCAAGUUCAAACCGUUAAAAUUAAGAGUUCAUGAGCUUUAAAAAACAGGAUACACAGAACUGCAGUUUUAGAUUUAAAUAAGUCAAAAAAAAAUUUAAUUAAAUUCAGUGGAACUAAAAUUUAAUGUGCUUUAAAAUCUGGAUAUUUUAGGCAUAAUUAUAGAAUUUGCAAAUUACAUUUAAACUCCCAAAAAAGAUUUUAAGGAGAAAUUUGCUUUAAAAAAAAAAAACUUAAAGUGAUUUAAUUUACCUGUUACCUUCACCUGUUUUUUUUUUUUUUUUUUUUGUGUGUCUUUUGUGUGUCUUUUGUGUUUCUUGAGCUGACUUGUAUUUUUGUUGUUUUGUUUGUGCAGGAUGUAGCUCUGAAUAAAAUGAUCAGAAUCAGAAUCAGAAACCUUUAUUGUCAUCAAACUGAAAGUACAACGAGAUCGGAGAGCUUCUCCAUUUCCAGUGCAACAGAUAAAAAAAAGAAAACAGAGACAGAAUUAAUAGCUGUAAGGAGGAAAAAAAGAAAAGGUACGGAUCAAAUCCAAGAUAAAAUUCUCUGCUGCAGGAUCCGGAGUGUAGACUCUCUUCUCAAACAUUUAGCUAAAUUAUAUUAUAAAAACACUCCUCGAAGCUCCUAAAAAGUCUUAAUUUGUUUAAAUUUAUCAUAAAAAUUUGAUGUCCUUCAACAUGUUAAAGUAUAAGGAUGCAUUUUUAAGUUAUAAAGGUUAAGUUAUAUAUAAAUUCUUUGUCGUUUUGCCGUCACGUCCAGAGAUGUUUUGGAUUGACUAAUUUCCUAAAGGCACAGUGCAGAGUUUUUUUUAACUAUUUCAAAACGGGCUGAAAAUAAAACUGACACCUUGUCAAGACUUUAAAAAGUAAACUCGACCCUUCAUCAUUAAAGCUUUUAUUUAUUCUGAUGUAUUUUUAAUCCUCAAACUGCCGUCAGGGCUCAGGUGUAACUUUUCUGUUGUGGAUACUCCACAGUAAGAGAAAGAUUUCACUGUGUUUAGUUUUUUAAUGAAGAAACAACUCUGAUUUGUGCAGGACCAGAGAUAAGAGGCCUCACUUUGUCCACAAACGGGUCCAUUUCUAACACUUUGUAAAGUAGAUAUGAAGCAUGAUAAGAGGAAGGCUCGUGUGAAGUGUCCCCAAACCUUUUCAGCUGCAGAUUUGACCUGCUGAGUUCAGAAACUCUUCAUAAUGGUUUGAGAUGAUUUAUCGGACCAUCCCAGAUUAUUUCUGGUCUUUUAAACCACGAGGCGCUCUGCGUACGUGAUCGGUGAAUGCAGCGGUCUCAUUAGAAUUAUCAUUUUCAUUUCUCCAACAAUCAUGAUUGAUUUUUUUCUGCGUUAUUUGCCUCCACUUUGUUAUUCAUUCAGUCAUAAGAAGGUUUCAGGAAACACACCCUGCCGAUUUUAGUCCGUGGUUUGAACAUGGAAGCCGCAAAUGCAAAUGAACCUGGACUCCUUUUAAGACAUACUUCUGCAUUUUAGGAUUACUCUGCAUUAAAGUUAGUCACAAAAUUAACGGACCUGGAGAGGAGUGAAUGAACGGUAAAGAAACGACAAAUGACAAAGAAGGGGAGUUAAAGCUGCCUCUUUACCCUCAAUAAAGACUGCAGCCUACAUUUCCCAUAAUUCAACUCUGCAGCCUCUUUCAUCACCUCUUCUCUGCCUCAUAAACGCCAGCGUCUUUAAUCUAAAGUUAAAAUAAUCAAACAGUUUCUCAAACUCUCCCUGAACGAUCAGAAAUCUCAUCUCUGUCAGCCACAUGACCCCGGAAGAUUCGAGGGUUGAACCGAGUCGCUGCUCGUAACUGACGAUUUGUGGUCCUGGCCUUUCGGGCGGUGGGAGGGGUCAGUCACAGGAGGCCAUGAUAGGCGUCCUUCACUCUCACACACACACACACACACUCACACUCACACAGUGUGAAACUCCAGACUGUCAGAGUGAAAGUUUAAGAUUGAAAAGCUGUCAACGACAAACAAAAACAUUUAACUGUCACUUUACUCUCCUUUGUAACUGAACACACACACACACACACACACGACUCACAAGCACCUGGACUUUCUCUCUCACCCACCACAGAAGGUGAAAUCAGGGUGUGUGUGUGUGUGUGUGUGUUUUGGUAUCUCUCACCGCUUUGAAGCAGCUGAGAAAAGAGGAAAAAGAUGAUCCUUUAUUCACGUCUUUUUCUCUCCUCCUCCUCUUCUUUUACUCUCGUCUUUUUGAAUCAUCGCCGUGAGGUCACUUCAUGAAUUGUCCCUCCUCUCUCUCCGUCCAGGUGGGCAGAAGCGUUACCAGGUGGUGAUCCACGGUAUCGAGCCGCUCCUGGAGACCCCUCUGCAGUGGCUCAGCGAACACCUCAGCCACCCUGACAACUUCCUGCACAUCUGCAUCAUCCCCACUCCCACUGAUUGAGGCCACGCCCCCCCCAUUCCUUAUCUUCACUGUUACCUUGACGACCGACCAACCAAUCAACCAGCGCCCUUGCCAGCUGGCUGGGCGGCUCCUGAAAGUAGCAACGCUUACAGUGGAAACUGAGUGACUCUUAAAUGAGGAGAUCAGGUAAGAAACACGCCUCCGUUUGAAGAGGCUGAACGAUGUGCAGACGAUCUCCUCCUCUUCCUCCUCCUCCUCCUCCUCUACGACAAACAAACAUCUACAUGAGAGGAGAGAAGAGGAGAGGAGGAAGAUCUCUCUUUUUUCCAUCCUGCCGUACAUCUCUCUGCUGAGACUAAGACUUUCCACAGGGAGCAGGAGUGUUUUUGGGGAUCUGGGGAGCGCUGUAUCCAGUCCUGCUGAAGUUGCCUUAGUUCACACCGUCAUACGUUUUCUUUGUCUUCUUUGUGUGUGCGUGUGCAUUAACCUUUGAACUCUUGAGUUUACAUCGCAGCCUGCAAAAGUGCAAAGACUCUGCUACUGGUUCGGUUUUUGGUUUACGAUUUUUCAGGAGGGUGUGACUUUUUAUUUCUACGGAUUAACUCGACAAACGUUGACACUCCGUGAUGCUUCUUAAAGCGCCUGUGGGGAAAUUUGAGUUUGAGUUGUGUUUGGCGCCCCCUGUGGACAAUACUUCAAUAUGUCCUCCAAACCAGUUACUCUUCACGAAUCCCAUCCGGUUUGUGAAUAUUGUUGUGAAUAUUUGCAGUUUGGGCGAUCGCCUUGUCUGACACGAACCUUUAGAUUUAAUAAUAAUAAAAUAGUCUUGUUGCUGAUGGUUUCAUUUACCGUUACAGGAAAUAAAGAGAAACUGCUUUAAAUUUCAGGAAGUUUCAUGACCCGUUCAAAAAAUCCUCACAGGAGCUUCAAGUUGCAUUCAAGAAUAUUUAUGGUCUUUAAAAACCUGCCCCAGUUUUUUCAUAUAUUUGAGCAUCUAAAUGACUUUCAGGUACCAAAAGUCGAGCCGUCCGUACUCCAGUCAGUAAAAAUGAAAAAGGCUGCAGAAGAAAUCAUGCAGAGCAAAUACGUCCGCGAUAAGUUCCUGUUUUUUUAGCAGGUAAUUAUGCAAAAUAAAGUUAGACAAGACCCUGUCCCACAGAUUCAAGGAUUUGGAGCGAUUUCAUGUCAACAGCAUCCUUAUCCGCCGACUCACAGACUGAUUUUACAGCAAACUUGUUUUUUCCUGCAGAGGCUGUACUGCGUUAAAACUUCGGUCUGUUUUCUUCAGUUUGCUGGAUGCCCCUUUCACUCAACUCCGCUUAGCUUAGGUCCACCCUCUUUGUUCCUUUCAUUGCUGGUGAUUGGUCGGCUGAUAAUUACGAAUAUAAAAAGACCAGCAGCUCCUCAGUUUGGGAGGUAAAAUUAUGUUACAAGCUUUGUGGACAAACGUUGUACCUGUACGUCACUAAAAGAUCCAAAUAUGUGAAAUACUGGUCCAGGUGCAGAGACCUCAGCUCUUCACUUCCAGGAUCCUCGUUACUGAACCUUCAAACUAAAGCAGCCCUCUCCGUCGACGUUGUUUGGAUGUUUUCACGGCGGAGCACGCAGGUGGAGCUGCAGGAUUUUCACACCAAACUCUUCACAUGUUUCCAAUAACAGGUGUUUAAUUUCUCCACCUUUACUACGACACUCUUUCUCUCUUUUACUGUCUGUUUUUGUCAAAUUUGGCUCGAGCCAUGUCGUCCGUUGCCAAGUUUAAACGAGCAUCUGGUUUUGUUUCAUUUUAAGAACUCGGCGUCGAUAAUGAGACAGCGGGCGAGUUUAAAAACGAAGUCUGCAGGCUGUUGUCGGCCGCCGCCGUCUUCUCAUAAAUGCUCUGAUUAUUAAUUUUCAGCUCAUGGACAGAAACAAACAUGACCUUUGACCCGACACUAACUUCGGUUACUCUCAUCUGAUUACGUUUCUGGAUGUAAUGAUCAUAAUGAAUCCGUGUUUUUUAUCGUGCGUCAGCCUCAUGUCUUCUUUUUUAUUUGACAUCUGUUCAUACUGAAAUAAAAUAACUUGUAAUUUAGCAGACACUGUUAUCCUGAAAGACUUUAAAUAAAGAUGAUUUCAUUUAAAUAUUCACUCUC